AUGCGUCGCUCGCUACAGUCCGCGCUGGGCCGCGUUCCGCGGCGCCUGCUGCCGCGGGCGGUGUGCGUGGCGGUCCGUCGGGCGCAUGGCGUCUCUGCUGCCGUGGAGCCUGCAGCGCAGCUCGCCCGUGUGAUGGAGCUGAUGUCGGCGAAAAACUACGACGGAGUCGUGCGCCUCUACGAGGCCUCGUUCCACGCGGACCGCAUGUCGUUGCAGGAAUUUGCCGGUGGUGCCUGUCAGGCGCGGGACAUGGCAUUGUGUUUGAUGCGCACGUUUACGGCGCUGGGUCGCAUGGAUCGGGUGCGUGAGGUCUUUGCAGUUGGGCUGCGCGACCUUGCCGGGGGCGGGGGCGGUCGCAACGCGCCUCUCUUGAACACAAGUUUCUUCAACGCCUACUUGGAGGUGCUGACGCAGCGGAAGAACUUUGCGCGGGAUGAGGUGAUGUUUGUCCUGCGGGAGAUGAGGGCGGCGGCGGUCCUCCCUGACGCGCUGACGUAUCACUACCUUAUUGAGCUGCACAUCCGCGCGGGCGUUGAUCCGGUUGGGUUGUGGCACGACAUGCGCCGUGGGCCGACGAUACAGCCGCUGCCGUGCACAGUUCAGGCCCUCCUGCUGCAGGUUGUGCCCUCCUCGCCGGAUGCGUCCUUCGUGGUGGAUGUCACACGCGAGGCCCUGCGCCACGGCGGCAGCGUGAUGGAUAAACGGCUGCUUGCUCAGAUGAUGGAGCAGUGGCUCCGCAACGCGCAGGAGUACCCGCCAGAGUACGUCCUCUGGCUCAUGUUUGAACUGGAGCUGCGUUGCGUGCUCGACAAGGCCUCUUUUGUGCAGUUCGUGCAGAAGCAGCACGUGGCGGACCUGCUGCAGCGCUGUGCGAAGUGCGCCGACGCGGACACCGCCGGCAAAGUCCUCGCCAUGAUGGAUCGACAUGUCAUAACCAAAACAGCGGAUGUUCUUAGCCUGGUGGUGUGGUGCUGGGCGCAGGCGUUGGAGCUGGAGAAGGCGUUCGACUUGCUGGAGCUGAUGGCCCGAAAAGGGCACCUGGAGCUGACGGACCCGUUUAGGAAGUACACGGUGGACUGUCUGCGGCAGGUGAUGGAUCGCCACUUCAUGAUGGCGCUGGCGGACGCCAUGAGCACCACGGCGUUGCUAGACCGCGUGCUGCACCACCUGCGGGCGCGCCGCCGUCGUGGGCAAACCGUCUCUGCCCACUCCCUCGACCUCGUCGUGCUGGCCGCCGCAAAGUUGGGCGAGGACCGGCGGGCGAUGUUGCUUGUCGCCGACUACAUUGCGGGUUGGGGCAUCCAGCCACGCACGAACACGUACAACUGCCUGUUGGUCGGGCUCUCGACGCAGCGUGGGGCGUCGCUGCAGCGCAUCGUCUACGACGCCAUGCUGGAGAACGGCGUGGUGCCAAACGCCUUUACGUUCCGCGUCCUCAUCCGGCAGGCCGUGCUCGCGGACAGCAUCGAUGAGGCGCUUGACUUUCUGCAACGGGUGACCUCCCACGCGGGGCUGCGGGUGGAGGUGGAAAUGGUGCUGCCCAUCUUGGAGCGCGCCGCCCGCGCCGGGGACGCGGAGACGGUGAACCGCGUGAGCAAAUUCGCCCUCGACUGCGACAUUGGCAUCGACGGCGCGGUGCUGAAUGGCGUGGUGAAGCUGCUCGCAGAGGCGGGGCAGGAGGUGGAGGUCAUCAAGGGGCACCAGCCUCUGCAUGAGGCACUCCGCUCACGCUCCAAGACGGGGCGGCAGCGCGCUCGAAGCGAGAUUGCCGCUUAA